CCAGCUAACAAAUUAAGUCUUAAUUUUCCUCCUCUCGUUUGGGGGUUAAUUUGGGGGUUAAUUCUCCCUCCCAUUACUGGGCUCCCUGUGCUGUGCAGCCCCUGCUUCCCUGCAGGGCUGUUGUGCACAAAGGGCCCCAGCAGACAUGCCGGGUUCCCCAUCCAGCCCAUGGUGUGUGCUGCCAGUACACGGCCAUCCCACCCCCCAGCAGUGGGGUGGGUGCCUUUGCACUGCGUGGUCACAGCCUUCACCCUGCGAGCCCCCCGUCUCUCAUCCCUCUCCAAAACAUCUGCUGAGACAUGGCCCUUCACCUGCCAGCCUCUCACAAAGAUCUGGGCAUGAGUACUUGGCCUCACAGCCACCUGCUCCCCCUGGGCGGGGACCAGAGCAGUUAGCAGCUGCCAACCAGACCCUGCAGUUAUGGUGCUAAUCAGAUAAAUUAGCUGGAAGUGAGGUAAACCUGUGACCAGGGUCAGUAGUGCUGUAAACAGAGCUGGGACUGCUGGGCCUGAGGCUUUGGGCUGUUGCAUACUGUCAUGGAGCCUCAGACACAUAAAGCUGCUGGUGCUGCCCGGUUGUCUAGUCAGAUUGCUCGUGGCCGGCGGCAUCCGCCGACACUGAACAUGGUUAUUGAGGCGCUGCGGGCACAGGAUGGGACGAAGGGUGCCUCCGUCGUCACCAUCAAACGCUUCAUCCUGGCCAAGUACCCUGCCGUGGACCCUGUGCGCCUCAAAUACCUGCUGAAGCAGGCGUUGGCCAAGGGGCUGAGCCGUGGGGACCUGGUGCGGCCCCAUAACUCCUCUGCCCUGGGGGCCACUGGCCGCUUCAAGCUGGCACCUGAAAAGCUGCGGCAGAAGCAGCCGCCGGGCCAGGCAGAUCCCACUGGAGAACAGGCCCCAAAGCCAGGGCGCAAACGAGCUGCCAAGGCCACCCGGGUCCCUGCGGUGCUGGAGAGCGAAGGAGGACCAGGUACUGCUGAGGAGAAGCCAAAAGCCACGAAGCAGAAGCCAAAAGCUGCGAAGCAGAAGCCAAGGACGAAGCCUGCAGAUGUGCUCUCUCCUCUCCAGGCCCAGCCGGCACCAGCAGCAGCGAAGCCCAGGAGCGAUGGAGCAAAGGCCCCUCGGGCCCCUGCCAAAGGGCAGUCAGCGCCCCGUGCAGCUCUGGCUGACAAGGACAAGGGAGGGAACGAUGGUGACCGCCCUGUGGGUGCUGGGGCAAAGGGGACCAGAAAGGCCCCAGCAGGCAAGACUAAGGGGAAGGUGCCUGGGGAAGCUCAGGAAGCUGCCCCGAAGAAGAAGGGGGCUAAAGGCAAGACAAGGAAACCCCAGGCAGCCCGAGGUGCUGGCCAGGGGGAGUCUGUGCCGUAGGAGGCAUCGCUUGCCAUGUGGGCAAGGAGGUGCGCUAGGGGUCCCAGGUCUCUGGCAGUGCAGCACUGUGCCACUCUGAGCCCAGACCCAUGGCAUCUGAGUUGGUUUUAGUCUCCAGGACAGGUUUUAACUCUGUGUUCACCUGCUACUAAUAAAGCUGCUUCACUCAUCAUGAAA